CCACUCACUAGUUGGGAAUUAAAAUUUGAAAUAUAAUAUUAGAUUGUUUAUGGGAUGCAGUUAAGGUGCCAUGAUUGUUAAGGAGAGAUUUUGCAAAAGAAAUCAAUACGGAGUAAAAAAUAAGCAUCACGGUAAUUUUUUUUUUUUUUUUUUCCCUGAUAAAGGUUGGUCGUGUUGAGGACAAAAAACUUAAUAAGUAAUAAUUCACAAAAUUGAGAAACUAGUGAGAAUUCUUAUAGGAGAAUUCCUAUAUGAGUUUACCAUUCAAAGACUGCACAAUACGAUUAUCGGAGAAAGACAGAAUUUAAUAAAACAUGACAUGCUGUAAUAAUGUCCAAGACUUUCUUACACUGUAUUCACACUAAAAAGAAGAUGAUGAUGAAGUUUCCUAAGGGAAAUUCCCACGAAAUUUUCAAAAAACAGCUAAAAGCCAUAUUUAAUGGGUAAUGGAUACAGACAUACUGUUGUCUUGAUUAUUUCAGUCUCCAAAAAAAGAAAUAAUAAACUACGAAGAAUUCUUCACUGCCUCAAACUAAUACCAAUGAGCAAAAAAUGUUAAUUAUUACUGUGGAAGACGAUAAUAAGCUAGAGACGGAAGAUACUGAUACUUCUGCUGCAGCUUCUGAUACUGAGGCAGAAGAUACUGAUACAUGUGAUGAGACGGUGAAGGGCUCUAAACCAAGAUAUAAAGAAGAGCCAGAUGACCAAUUCGAAACCAACAAAUUGUUGUUACCCAUUUGUGCAUCCGGUGUUCUCGCUCUUUCACUAUUCCACUUGAGUGGUUCUACUCACUCACCAAAUGAGAAGGAUGCUGAAAUAAGAAUCGUGGUAUCCGCCGUUGCUUCUGUGGUUGGAUUUGUGUCCUGUUUGACAAGUCUCAAGUAUCACAAAGAAAGAAAGAAAGCCUCCAAAAUAUUUGCUACGGUGGGCUCCGAAGGUACUGCGACUGGCUACGUUUUUCUGUUGUCUCUUUUUCUACCGUCCACUAUGGUUUGGGUCCCAACCCUUGUUGCCAUCAUCUCAGGCGUCAUGCUAUUUGUUUAACCCUCUCCGUCUCAAUCGAUAAAGGGGUGUUUGGUAUUCGGUAUUUGGUAUUUGGGAAUUGAAGGUGGGAAUGAGAAUAUUAAGGGGAGAAUUCCUACCAUUUUAUUACCUAAGGAGGGUAGGUAAUAAAUGAAUGGGAUGGAUAUAAGUUUGAAAUGACAUUUUUUCCAUUAAUGUAAACAAUGAAAGGAAAUAUUAAUAAGGGUAAAUUUGUAAAAUUGUUAUUUAUUCCCUAUAGUUGGGCAGCAGGCCAGGCCGUGCCGUGCCUCCAUUUCCACCAGGCCAGCCCACGGCACGGCACGGUCCAUGUGCUGGGAGUGCGGUGCUGGGCCAGCCCACGUGCCUAGCUUGUUCUUCAGUUUAUUUUUUUUUUAUUUUUUUUAAUAUAACCAUACAUUAUUUAUUUGUUAUAGUUAAUUAGUUAUUAACUU